AUGGAAACUGUGUCUACGGAGCUGCCAUUUCAAGGAAGAAUGGCAGCGUCGACGGCUAUGUUCCUGGGCCUAGCUCUCUUUGCCAGCCUCAUCAGCUCAAGCUUGGCCACUCAGAUCCAGUGGGCGGGGCGCACAUGGAACGUCCGCACCACUGGCAGUGGCACGGAGGGCCCCGGUCCGAACUACUUCUCAGACAACGUCAGCAACGUCAUGGUUGACGCAAGCGGGAAGCUGCGGCUCCAAGUGACAAAGACCGGAAGAAAGUGGGCCUGCGCUGAGCUUAUGCUGCCCGCCAGUCUUGGCCACGGCACUUACCAAUGGACGGUGACGUCCGGCGCGGGAUCCCUUGACCCCAACGUGGUUUUCGGCCUGUUCACAUGGGACGACAGCCCGAUCCAAGCCCACAGAGAGAUUGACAUCGAAUUUGCGCGCUGGGGCGCAACGCCCGCGCAAGACGGGUCCAACGCGCAGUGGGUCGUUCAGCCGUACGAUGGUUUGGACCAUCUGCAGAGGUGGCUGGCUCCGCCCUUUUCCGCCUCCUCCGCCCCACUGGUCGUUUCCUUCCGGUGGGCGCCCGGAGCGAUCUACUGGGCGGGCAGCCAGAGCGGAAAGCUGAUCAGCACCAAGGAGUACGAGGCCGAGGAUGUGCCCGUGCCGGGCGCAGAAACCGUGCACAUGAACCUUUGGCUGUAUCAGGCGAAUCCCAACGUGUUGGCCGGACCGCAGAAUGGGAAGACGGCUACAGUGUUCCUGUCGAACUUUACUUUCACUCCGUUGUAAGCUUGCGGAAAACCGUACAGGGGUAAACAGGGGUGAACAGGGGUAUUGUGUUCGAGGACUUUAGGUCCUUCGUUCUUAUAUCGAAUUUCCGAGAUCCACAAAGUGACACUUGAGCUGGUGAUUAGUCGGGAGGAACGCAGCAACGCUGCUUCGUUGCCGUUCCGACGGUCGAAGUCGGGCGUAAACACUCGAUAAGCCCUUUGGACUAUCUAGAUCAACUCUUCUGAGCCUCUCCUUUGAUGCCGCGCGCUACAUAGGUCAUGAAACUGAUGAAGUAAUGAGGCAUCAUCAAUGCUUAACUUUUAGAAGCCUCAAUAGAAAUUUCUAUCAGAAGACUUGGGCCCGCGGCGCCGUGCUAGCUAGCAAGGUACGUAGUUUCAGCACCAAUAUACUGUUUGAUAGGGCAGCGAACAGACUUACACGGAUCGAAAGAUCCCAACUGUUUGUCAGUCUUCAAGCAGAAGAUAGAAAAGCGGGGUGGAGACGAAACCAACCCCAUAACACUGUCGAGCUUUAUAUCAGAGUCAGGACCAAACGAUUGGCAACACGUCAGGGCAAGGUCCGAGUCGCAUGUGUGAUAUGACAGGUU